AUGGCAAGCAAGGGAAAACAAGCUGAAGUUACAUCAGCCAGAAUCCGUUUGGAUGCAACACUUCAACAUUUGGUUGACAGACGAGAGGACAGCCAGGAUGCCAGCGAGGGCGAGAGCAGUGCCCCACAAACAGAAUCCGCAAGCAGCAAGCCUGUUCUCUCACCCAAGAAGUCUAGUUCAAAACCAAACAGAAAAAGGAAAAGAAGAAAUGAUUCAAGUGAUCUUGAUAAUGCGGAUGAGCAGCAGACUGUCAUUAUGAAGCUGUUUGAUCGCAGUGUCGACCUGGCAUUGUUUCCCGAAGACACUCCACUGUAUCCGGUUUGUCGAGCAUGGAUACAAAAUAGACCACAUGACCGAAGUUUAGGCACUAUCUCAGGAAGGCCACUAACUCCAAAACAAGAGGAAGAGAUGAGCGAUGGUUACCAAAAUAUUUAUGAGAUGCCACUUCCCAUCAAGUCUGAGGACGGGUGUCUCUAUGAUUUGAGAAUCCCAGUCCCACUACCACCCCCACCAGAGAAACUGGAUAUGUAUUUGGACUCCAGAUCAGCACCUCCUUCAGAGCAGUUAUUGCUGAAUCACAUGGCCCGGUGGAAGGAAGUUAGGAACAG